UCUUGCCUUCUGCACAGAUUUGUUUCGGAACAAACAACUCCAAUGAGAAGAAGAUAAUAAGUAAUGGAGUUUUAGAGAGGAAAAAGCACUAGAUUUGUGAGAGACUUGAAAAGUAAUCUUUAAAAAAAGUUUGAAAAUGAUUAUAUAACUUAUUUUCGAAGAACAAGUUAUUAAGUUAGGCUAAUUGAUGUAUACUGUAAGAUUUUGAAUUUUGUCUAAUGAAACUCACUAAUUUUUUUGUCUACAAGUUUGUAAAUUUUAAUAAAAUUAAAAUUUAGGAGCGACUUUUAAAAUUUUGCAAAGUUUUUAUAAUUGAAAGUCUUGAAUUAGAUGUCUUUUUGCAAAAUCAUAUCAAAUAAAGUUUUGAUACAUUUUGACGUCAUUAUAGUAAAUAAAGCAAUAAUUUAAUUUAAUUGAGGUAAAAGAUACUUUGUAAUAAUCUAGUCCGUGUAUUUUUAAUUUUGUAACAAAACAAUUUAAUCCUGAAAUUUUAGUGGAUAACAAUUUUAUCCUUGUAGUUUUAAAUUCAAAACAAUUUAGUCCAUAACAGUAAAUAAAUUUGUCAAAAUUAAAUGUCAAUUAUUAUUAUUUUUUUGAUAUUUUUUAUGUAGGCUUUGUAUUUUUCUCUAAUUAGUUUAUCAAUUUAUUUAUACAAGAAAUCUUAUUAAAUCUCAACUCUAAUUUCUCUACAAUUAAGAUUAAAUUGUUACAAACAUUAAAGAGGUUUGGGGACUAAUUUGUUAUAUAAUAAGAUUUGGGGAUUAAAUUCUUACCUAAUAAGGUUUUUGAGACUAAAUUGUUAUGAAGUAAGAUUUUGGGACUAAAUUGUUAUCUUAAAAUUUAGUUCCAAGGAUUCAUGGAUUCAUAUUUAUUUAAACACUUAUAAUAGUAAAAAUUUAUUAAAAUAUACUUUGAGUGGCUAUCAUCUUAAACACUUUCGUACUUUGAGGAGUUGUCAUGUUUCAAUUUAUUCUUUAAACACAUUUUAAAUGGUCACAAAUCAAAAUAGGAGAAAAGUUUGGAGAUUAAAAAUAAUUUUUAACCUUUAAUUUAAUAAUUCUCAACAAGGGAAGAUUUUAGUCCUACAAAUUCUUGAUUUCUCUUCCACAAUAGGGAGGUUCCCAUUCCAAUUGAUUCUAGAAAAAUAACUGCACAUGGUCAGGAAUUACUCCUAGUCUAUGGAUGAACCACCAAUAUUCUUAUAUUUUUGGGAAGAAUGCACUACAGAAGUUAAUCAUCAGGAUCAAAUUGUGACAAUUUCAAUUUAGAAUGAUCGGUCCAGUAUUACUUAUAAAAAUGUACCUCGAAUAAAAAUUAAAUAAGAAUAUCCCAAAAUCCGAUUCCUUUUACCUUGCAGAAAAUUGAACAGAACCACGUUUGAUGUAGGUAGCACUUUAAGCGUAAUAACUUUGGCCCACAUGAAACCGAAUCGGAUUCAUUAAUGGAUGGUGGAGAAUGAAUAGGAAAAUCGGUCUGACAGAAUUUAGGAAGAACAAACCCCUUAGAAUGGAGAACUCCAUUCUUCCCCUUUCUACUUAUUUUUUCUGCCAGAGACACCCAUUUCUGCAUAAAAGAAUUGGAAACUCGAGAAGCUAUGAACAUCAAGAGCUAGAAGGCUGAAGAACAAAGCUUACCCGUCUUAACUAACUUGAUCCAAUUCCAAAGCUUUUUUCUGCCAAUUCUUUCACCGACCCUCUGCCAAAUGCCAUCCUGUUGCAACUUCACCGAGUCAAGAAAUCGAUGUUUACGUUCUACCUUCAUCAAAUGUGGACUUCGAUCCACCACCACAGACCUUAAAGAUGGUUCCAUUAUACAUUGCUGGGUUCCCAAAACUCAGGAUCAACACCGUCCCAACCUCCUCCUCAUCCAUGGCUUUGGGACCAAUGCAUUAUGGCAAUGGGGGAACGCCAUACGCCUCUUCACCUCUCACUUCAAUGUGUAUGUGCCAGACCUCGUCUUCUUUGGGGACUCGAUCACGACUCGGCCAGAGCGGUCUGAUUCGUUCCAAGCCGAGUGCAUCAUGCGAGUAAUGGCUGCCAACUCAGUGCAGAAGCUGAGCCUCAUUGGAUUGAGCUACGGUGGGUUCGUUGGAUAUUGCUUGGCAGCGAGAUACAGGGAGGUGGUGGAGAGGGUGGUGAUAUGUGGUGCAGGAGUUUGUAUGGAAGAGAAGGACUUGAGGGAAGGGUUGUUCAGAAUCUCGGACUUGGAGGAGGCAGCCAACAUUUUGGUGCCCCAAGAUCCUAAGAAAUUGAAGGAGUUGGUGAAGUUUGCCCUCUUCAGGCCUCCUCCACUGCGAUUGCUGCCCUCUUGUUUACUCGCCGAUUUCAUUCAAGCUAUGUGCAGUGAAUAUGUAGAAGAAAAGAGAGAGUUAAUCAAAGCUAUUCCAAAAGACAGGAGACUAUCAGACAUCCCCAAGAUCCAGCAGCCAACAUUGAUAAUUUGGGGAGAGGGUGACAAGGUAUUCCCAUUAGAAAUGGGCUACAGGCUAAAAAGGCAUUUGGAGGAGAGCGCUCAACUGGUAGUAAUCAAGAAUGCAGGGCAUGCUUGUGAUUUGGAAAAGCCUAAGGAGUACUAUCAGCACUUGAAGUCCUUCCUUGGCAUCAAGCAGCAAAACCAUAAAUGAGUUUCAAGUACAAUUUGUAUUGAACAGAUUGGUCAAGAGCCUGCUUCUAUAUCAUUAAAUUGUUACUGAUUUGGUAAGAUUGAAUUUUGGUAAACAAAUACUUGUUCUCACAUUGACUACUUCAGUAGUAAAAAGACUACUUACUCA